AUGGAACUCGCAGAUUCAAGAGCCUGGUUUUCUCAAACUACGCCGAGGAUAUCGCACUUCAAUUCUCUGUCACAAGUUUGUUUACGAUAGUAGCACUCAUGGAAAUCUGCCGUUUUAGAAAACUGUCGUUGAGAUUCUCCAAACACUAAUGCCCCUAUGCACACCCACGAAUUGGAAUAGUAGCCUUGUAAGUGUUUCGAAAGAUUAGGAAUUUCUUGCAUUUUUUCUCUGUCCUUUCAUAUUUAGAGUUAAUUUACUUGGUUUGCAGAGUGCCAUUUUUAACAUCCCCUUGUUUAUUUUGUUUUCCGUUGCCGUGCAGUAGUUUGUCCAUCGUUUUACCAAGUAGGCUGUGGUAGUGACCUGCGCAUCAAUUUCUCUAUGAUCAAAUGAACUUUCAUUACGUCUGCCUUGCUCGCAUCUACGGUAUUUUAAUGGUUAGGUACUCUUAGGCCUGGCGGUGGUGAGAAUGGACACCGUGACUGGCAAAGCUAAACAGCCGGUCUGCGCAUCACUCAUCAGAUGGUCUUUAAUGUCGUACUAGUUGUGCUUAAGUGAUGUAUAGGUCUCAAUCCCGCAUGGGCAAGUUCUAUGAGAGCCAUAUCAAGAAGUAGCCAUUGCAAUCCGACCCGCGCUCCAGAUGACCGAGUUUGCCGGUCGAUUGGUAACCUUCUGUCCACGAAUUUUAGCCCGUUGUGGUAGCGUUCCUGGAAUUCAGGUUUACUAUGAUGAGAAAUGCGCUGAUUUGCCUCGAGGAAUGGUACCCCAGUGUAAGUUUCACCUAGUCCACGUUCCUCCUACCAGUAGCUUGUUCGAGCGUUUCCGUCAGCCGGUGAUGAUAUAGAAGGCGGUGGAUGACAUGGCGUGAACCUCUCUCUAACUCGUGUUACAUGCCCCGAUUACCCUAUACACUGGCCAAAUAAACUCCCUCGGCCUUAGUAGCGAGGCGCAAUAUCAAUGUCAUUUUUUUCUUCCAGAAGGCAGCUUAUUUUGAGCCUUACACUUUAACCUCCGAUUAUUUACUUAUAUUCAUAGGAAUGCCAUUUGUAGUUGGAUUUUUGUGGCGCUAUUUCUGCCCAGCCGACUUGUGGUUGACUAUCGCCGUCUACUAUUUAAAAACAGAUAGUCCUCUGUAUGGCUCAGUAAAGCCGUCCUUUCAAGGCAAAUCAAACUCAUGCCAUUCUGACCCUUAGAUGCCAAUUAGAUGGUCGCCCUUCGUCAUACCGAAUUUACAACCCGAAAUAGUUUCACCCUGUUUUUUGUAUUCAGUUAGGUCGCAUUCUUUUGUGUUGGCAAGUAUUUCUCACUAUGACUUAAACGCGAUGUCACUUCUGAUGUCCUUAUCUCGCCAAUUUGUCUCACUCACGUCUUAAAGUCUAUGCCAGGAAAUGAUUCGCCACCUUUUUAUGUUAAGGAACCGUGGAUUUAUUCAGUCCUCUUAGCUCUUGAACAACCGCUUCAUCCAGACACCUACCAUUCUCUUCGUCGAUUGGCCAAAUCAUUUCGAAAAAUAGCUUCCGUGAGUUUUUCAUAUUUCUUUCUGUCUAACCGAAGCCCUCUUGUCUGCCAUGAGCCUUUAAGGGUUGAUAUAAAUAUCCGUCUUUCAGAUUCGCUUCCAGUUUAUUUGAGGGAAACAUAGGUGUUGAACCUUUGAACUCCCUAUUUGUUACAAGCAAGCGAAUUAUAUCAAAAAUUUGAAAAUGCAAACAUCAACCAGCUACAGAAUUUUUUUCAGAUUGACAAAGUCUUCGGAACCAGACAAAUAAACGAGUUGUUCCAAGUGUUAAAAACAUUAACGUUAAUAAAUGUGUUGUACAGUAGUCUGUCUAUGGAUGAUUGGUGCUAUCUCAGUCUCUGAGGGAGAUGAAUUGAAUGCCAACUCAAAGAAAUCAGCAGGUAAGACACAGCAGUCCUGGCCGCGCAUUAUACGGGAUGUUUGUAUAAGGUCGCCUCUUAGCUGUCUGGAACUCAGUGGAAAAAGGCCGAGAUUGGUUAGUCGCGUUUCAUAGGGUAGUGAACCCUGUCCACUUACGAGUUUUGUUUCCCGCCUUUGAACUUUCUCAAGGAUGCUGAGAUCUUUAGAGGUCCAGGGUUCCCACACCUGAAUAGCGAACUCUAACUGUGGCCGUACAAAUGUGUGAAAGUCUUUAACGAAGCAGUCCUCACCAAAUUUACUGAAUCAUUUUCCCGUGGGACCGACAGUGCAAGGGACGCGUAGACACCUGCGAAUUGAAAUUGCAGGGAGAAAAUGGGAUCAUUGUGGUAUGCAAAGUGACAGUAUAAGACGCGCUACGAAUCCCCUCCUGGAGAGGGGUGAUGUUUUUAAAUUGAUCACUGCUAUGCGAUUGUCUGUAAGGUCUUCGGGUCGGAGCUCCAGGACGAUACGGCACACCUGCGUCCCACGACCUAGCCGAAAAGACUCGAGCCCGGGGUUAAAGUAUAGUUCCCUAGCUACGACUGUCCUAGUCCCCAUUGUUUGUGUCAACCAUGUUUAUAUGAGAUUUGAACUUAGGUCAACACAUUGAGCACUAGUGAUCCCGGCUUGUGCGCAGUGUCAAUAUUUGCUUCCAUCGGUCGUGGUGCCAUCACUUCUGAUGUCCCUUUUUGUGUGGUAGUGUGAAGUACACGCAAUUUGCAGUCUUUCUGUUUCCCAUAUACUCUAAAAUACUUAGACCUAGUAUUUUGCGCUCCCAGUCAUUUAAGUAAAAACAGGCCACAAUCGAUGUCCAUGCUACGAUUCAUGUAGCGUUGAACUUCCGACUACAUUCCGAUACCCUUUGUAUCGGCGUGUCUUAGCCAUGGUUUUUGCAAAAUGAAAAUUCCAAAUUAACUGCUAUCACUGCCUUCGCCUCUCAUUUUUAGAAAUCGGACCAGACGGCCUCCAACAACACUGACAGGCGCUUGAUGUUUUGCGAAAUAGUCAUUGCCAUUGUUGCUUUUGUCUUUGGCCAGCUUGAUCUUGUCACCUCUUAA